AACAUUCCUCCGUGAAAUGUUCCGCUUUACUGUGCUGUAAACACGGCUGACGUUAUGUUGCGUGCCUCAUACAGCAAAAAGAGAGGGUCAUUAUACAGUGCGAAGACUGUGCCAACAGCAGGCUGCUCACACCAACAGUUUCAAAUAUUCUCCGUCCUAUCGUGAAGGACGCGAGAGACAAAAACAUCGAUUCUGUCCCGGCGCAAUGACUACAAAAACUGAAGUAACUUCUGCUUACUAUGGUGAACCUUACAAGUUUGACCCAACAUUCAGAGGACCUAUCCACAACAGGAGCUGCACUGAUGUGGUGUGCUUUGUGAUAUUCAUCAUCGUCAUCCUGGGCUACAUUGCACUUGGAAUAGUGGCCUGGAUUCAUGGUGAUCCCAGGAAGAUUGUGUUCCCCACAGAUAGCUAUGGACAGUUCUGUGGUCAGCAGGGAACUCCUAAUGCAAACAAAGCCAUAUUAUUCUAUUUCAACAUAUUGCAAUGUGCCAAUCCCGUAGUUCUAAUAAACCUGCGAUGCCCAACCACCCAGCUGUGUGUUAAGAAGUGCCCUGAUAGAUUUGCAACCUACUUAGAUUUGCAGUAUAACUACAGACACAACAAAAGCUACUGGGAAUACUACAGACAGUUCUGCAAACCAGGCUUCAAUAACCCUAGAAAGCCUGUUGCACAAGUCCUACGAGAUGAGGACUGUCCCUCAAUGAUAGUGCCAAGCAGGCCCUUCCUUCAGAGGUGCUUUCCUGACUUCAUCACUAGGAACGGGACUUUAACUGUUGCCAACAAAACAAACUUCAAAGAUGGACUCGGUAACACAAGAAGCGUGACUGAUCUUAGAGACGCGGCCAGCCAAGUUACAGCCAUGCAACAAGGAGUUGACAGAGGCAUCAACGGGCUACUUGAGGCCAAAGAGGUGGGGAUGAAGAUCUUUGAAGAUUAUGCCAGUUCUUGGCAUUGGAUUUUAAUAGGACUGGUGAUUGCCAUGGUGGUCAGCUUGGUUUUCAUCGUGCUCUUACGUUUCAUAACUGGUGUCCUCGCAUGGAUCAUCAUUUUCGGGGUCAUUGCUGUGAUCGCCUACGGGAUCUUUCACUGUUACUGGGAGUUCAGCACAUUGAGUGGGAACCCUGAUGCUGAGAUCACCAUCACCGACAUUGGUUUCCAGACUGACUUCCGAGUCUACCUGCAACUUAGCCAGACCUGGCUUAUUUUCAUGAUAUUCCUGGCUAUAAUUGAGGUCAUCAUCAUAAUAUUGUUGAUAUUUCUAAGGAACAGGAUCCGUAUUGCCAUUGCACUGCUCGAAGAAGCGAGCAGGGCCAUCAGCUACAUCAUGUCUACUCUUUUCUACCCCAUUGUUACGUUCUUGCUGCUUGCCAUCUGCAUUGCCUAUUGGGCAGCUACAGCUGUGUCAUUGGCAUCAUCAGGGGACGCCAUCUACAAAGUGAUGGCAACAAGGUCAAGCUGCAUGUACACUAAUCUAACAUGUAACCCUGAAACAUUCAGUCAGUCCAACAUCACCAAGUUGUGCCCAGGUGCACAGUGCACAUUUGCAUAUUAUGGCGGGGAGAGCUUGUACCACCGCUACCUCUUCAUCCUGCAACUUUGCAACCUGCUGGUCUUCCUCUGGUUGGUCAACUUCACCAUCGCACUGGGUCAGUGCACCUUGGCUGGGGCCUUCGCCUCCUACUACUGGGCACUAAAGAAGCCAGCUGACAUCCCGGCCUUCCCACUAUUCUCCUCUUUUGUCAGGGCUAUACGGUAUCACACAGGAUCCCUGGCUUUGGGCUCAUUGAUUCUUGCUGUUGUGCAGCUUAUGAGGAUCAUACUGGAGUACCUAGAUCACAAGCUUAAAGGUGCGAAGAACUCGUUUGCACGGUUCCUGCUCUGCUGUCUCAAAUGCUGCUUCUGGUGCUUGGAGCAUUUCAUAAAAUUUAUGAACAGAAAUGCGUACAUAAUGAUUGCAAUAUAUGGGAAGAACUUCUGCGCGUCAGCUCGAGAGGCCUUUGGUUUGCUGAUGAGGAAUGUUGUGAGGGUGGCAGUGUUAAACAAGGUGACUGAUUUCUUGCUCUUUCUGGGGAAGGUGCUCGUUGCAGGGAGUGUGGGAGUUCUUGCUUUUUUCUUCUUCACUCGCAAGAUACCUGUUAUUCAAGAGGGAGUACCAUCAUUGAAUUAUUAUUGGAUACCACUCCUGACCAUAAUAUUUGGCUCCUAUUUGAUCGCACAUGGUUUCUUCAGCGUCUAUGCAAUGUGUGUAGACACUUUAUUCCUCUGUUUCUUGUUAGAUCUGGAGAAAAACAAGGGAUCAGCAUCGCGGCCAUUUUACAUGAGUAGCUCCCUGAGGAAGAUUCUCAACAAGAAGAACAACAGGAAGAAGGGGAAAUAAGGAAGGAUGACCUACCUGAGGCCAGAUUCUCAUAAGCCUCAAGACUUUUCCUGGUUGCACACAGGAAAUGAUACAUGGACCUGAAUUUUUUAUGUUCAGCAUCAUUUUUAUCUUUUCCAGUAAUUCUGAAUGUAUGUGUCUUGUAUGUACAGUGUAAGCACUUGGACAGUGACACAGUUGUUGUUUUGGCUCUGUAAUCCAACACAUUGGAUCAUUAUCAAUGAAUAACAACAAAAUUAAACAAUGACUAUGAGAUUGAAGUGCAGAUUGUUAGCUUUAAUAUGUGCGUAUUUACAUCAAUAUCUGGUGAUUUACAGCCCCUUUUAAACAGUCCUCAAUUUUAGGGAAGUAAUUGGACAAUUGGCUGCUCAGCAGCUUCUUGGCUAGCUGUGUCUUUUAGUGUCAUUAGCUCACGCACAAUAAAGCUAACAAAAGGUCUGGAGUUGAUUCUAGGAGUGGCAUUGGCAUAUGUAGUCUGUUGCUGCUUUCUCUCUCCAUGAGGACCAAAUGCCAGUGCCAGCAAAGCAGGUCAUCUUCGGGCUAGAAAGUCAAAGCAUCACCAGGGAACAUACCCAGCAUCUGGUCAUGUCUAUGGGUCACAUACUAUAUACGACAACUUUAUUUCAGAUUAUCAUUUGUCCAAAUGCUUUUGCUCCCCUAAAUUGGGGCAACUAUGUACAAAAAUGGCUGUAAUUCAUAUACGGAUCACCCAAUAUGGAUGCAAAUGCCCUCAAUUUAAUGCUGCCAUUCAGCACUUCAACCACAUUUUCUUCAUUUAAAAUCCAGUGGAGUUGAGGGCCAAAACAACAACAGCUUGUGUCACUAUCCAAAUACGCACUGCACUGUAUGUGUGUGACAUGUCACCAAAGCAAAAUGUCAUGUAGAUGAAGUUAUGUACACUUUUUUUAUAAAUGUUCCUGUGGUGACAAUAUAUUUAUACCUGUUGAUAAAGUACAGCUUCCUUAAUAUUUUAUUUUCCUCUUAUCCUAUUAACAUCCCUUAAAAACACCCUAGUUAAUUUAAAGUGAUGCUAUGUGUUAGUAUGUUAAAGUAAAGCAACUAUGUAUGUACACAGCUCCUUUCUCAAAAGAAAUUUAUUUCUAUUUGCAGUUGUGCCAAGUGGCCACCAGAUGGAAGGGUAUGCCCAUGUAAGAUCAACCAAGUAUCUGUGUCUAGGAAUAACAUUAAUAACAAGAGUGCCUCUUUUUGCUUCAAAGAUGUUCAGUGAAGUGAACAAUUCAAGUAUAGUUAUUUCAUUCUGGCAAUCAAAUUCCAUAAAUUUAUACUUGUAACAUGUCUCUUUAUAUUAUAUAGAGACAAAGUUGAAUGUUCUAAUAACUUUCUAAAUGCAGCUGAAUCAUAUGAAUUUGCCUUUGUGGUAACUACCUAUUCAAUAUACAAAAGUUCAUAUUUAAAGUUCAUCACUUGCCACUAUUUAGUGGAGUCACCAUACGAACCUGUAUUUACUUUGUUGAGAAUUAAGAUAAAUUAUUUGAUUAUGUUAAAUGUUUAAAUGCUGA